UGUCCUGUGGGCGGGGCACGUCAGGCAGUGGCAGUUGGUCCGUGGGCUGUGGACGCUGCACGGCCGAGGCCAGUGCGGCCGGUGCAGGGAAGACUAGCCGGAUCAUGGACGGCUCCUUCAUCCAGCACAGUGUGAGAGUUCUGCAGGAACUCAACAAACAGCGGGAGAAGGGGCAGUAUUGCGAUGCCACCCUAGAUGUUGGGGGCCUGGUGUUCAAGGCACACUGGAGUGUCCUUGCCUGCUGCAGUCACUUCUUUCAGAGCCUCUAUGGGGACGGCUCAGGGGGCAAUGUCGUCCUCCCUGCUGGUUUUGCUGAGAUCUUUGGCCUCCUGUUGGACUUCUUCUACACUGGUCAUCUCGCCCUUACUUCAGGGAACCGGGAUCAGUUGCUCCUGGCAGCCAGGGAGUUGCGAGUGCCAGAGGCUGUGGAGUUAUGCCAGAGUUUCCAGCCAAAAACCUCAGUGGGACUGGCACCAAGUAGCCAGAGUGGAGUGGGGUCAUCUGCCUCACAGGAUAUGAAAACUCACCUCAAAAAACCAAAUGACUUGGAGGAGGAGGAGGAGGAGGAAGUUUCAAGGACUCUGGGCCUGGCCCCCAAGGAUAAGGAAUCCAGAGAAAGUCAUAGCCCCCUGAGGCCCCAGCUCAAUCCCCCUGCUCAGAGCAGCCCCUCCUUUCUUAGUGGGAAACUCAAGCAGGCUCUGAAGUCUUGUCCCUCAAAGGACAAAGAGCAUGAGGACUGUAAAGUGCUCCCAAGGUCCUUCCAGGCCGAGGCUGCCCCAUUGCAGGGCGAGAGUAAUGAGUGGGAAGUGGUGGUACAAGUUGAGGACGACGGGGAUGGCGAUUACGUUUCUGAGCCCGAGACUGUGCUGACCAGGAGGAAGUCACAUGUAAUCAGAAAGCCCCAUGCUGCUGAGCCAGCCCUGGGUGCAGGUUCCCUAGCAGCCGAGCCUACUGAGAACAGAAAAGGUACAGCGGUGCCAGUUGAAUGCCCCACAUGUCAUAAAAGGUUCCUCAGCAAAUAUUAUCUAAAAGUCCACAACAGGAAACACACUGGGGAGAAACCCUUCGAGUGUUCCAAAUGUGGGAAGUGUUACUUUCGGAAGGAGAACCUCUUAGAGCACGAAGCCCGGAAUUGCAUGAACCGUUCAGAACAGGUCUUCACGUGCUCUGUGUGCCAGGAGACCUUCCGCCGGAGGAUGGAGCUGAGGGUGCACAUGGUGUCCCACACAGGAGAAAUGCCCUACAAGUGUUCCUCCUGCUCCCAGCAGUUCAUGCAGAAGAAGGACUUGCAGAGCCACAUGAUCAAGCUACACGGAGCCCCCAAGCCCCACGCAUGCCCUACCUGUGCCAAGUGCUUCCUGUCCCGGACAGAGCUGCAGCUGCACGAGGCCUUCAAGCACCGUGGGGAAAAGCUAUUCGUGUGUGAAGAGUGUGGACACCGUGCCUCGAGUCGCAAUGGGCUGCAGAUGCAUAUCAAGGCCAAGCACAGGAAUGAGAGGCCAUAUGUCUGUGAGUUCUGCAGCCAUGCUUUCACUCAGAAGGCCAAUCUCAACAUGCACCUGCGCACACACACAGGCGAGAAGCCAUUCCAGUGCCACCUCUGUGGCAAGACCUUCCGCACCCAAGCCAGCCUGGACAAACACAACCGCACCCACACUGGUGAGAGGCCUUUCAGCUGUGAGUUCUGUGAGCAACGCUUCACUGAGAAGGGACCCCUUCUGAGACAUGUGGCUAGCCGCCACCAGGAAGGCCGGCCUCAUUUCUGCCAAAUCUGUGGCAAGACCUUCAAAGCUGUGGAACAGUUACGUGUGCAUGUCAGGCGACACAAGGGGGUGAGGAAGUUCGAGUGCAGUGAAUGUGGCUACAAGUUCACUCGGCAGGCUCACCUGCGGAGGCAUAUGGAGAUCCACGAUCGUGUGGAGAACUACAACCCAAGGCAGCGCAAACUCCGCAACCUCAUUAUUGAGGACGAGAAGGUGGUGGUAGUGGCACUGCAGCCACCGGCAGACCUGGAGGUGGGCUCGGCUGAGGUCAUUGUGGAGUCCCUGGCUCAGGGUGGCCUGGCCUCCCAACUCCCUGGCCAGAGGCUAUGUGCAGAGGAGAGCUUUGCCAGCCCUGGAGUCCUAGAGCCCUCGCUCAUCAUCACAGCUGCGGUCCCUGAGGACUGUGACACAUAGCCCACCCUGACCCCUUAGAUCCAUCCCUGAAUAAAUCAUGUGACUUUA